AUUCUUAGAGAUCCAAUGAACUUGAAUUCUGCGAAAGCUUCUUCUAUUCUAACGAAUCCUUCACCGAUAAACAAGUCUAGAUUUCGGAUUCAUUCUAGUUUAUUGCCUUAUUCUCAACCAGGGCCUUCAAUCUCCACUAGUGAUCUAAUGACUCCGAGAAAGAAGCCAGGGAGGCUUGACGAUGUUCGUUCUAACUGUUGGCUUGAUGCAAUGAAGUCUUCUUCAACUCCUAGUAAGAAGGUUCAAAGGGAAGCAGACGCCGAGGAUUUUAUUGAUGAUGCUAAAGUUAUUUACUCUUCUUGGAUGUUCAAGUAUCCAUCGGCUCUUAACUCCUUUCAGCAAAUCGUUAGUCAUGCAAAGAAUAAAAAGAUUGUUAUCUUUUUAGACUAUGAUGGGACUCUUUCUCCAAUUGUAGAUGAUCCUGACCGUGCUUUUAUCUCCGCUGAUAUGCGUUCUGCUGUCAGGGAUGUUGCAAAGCAUUUCCCAACAGCCAUCAUCAGUGGAAGAAGCCGUGAUAAGGUUUAUCAGUUGGUAGGACUAACUGAACUCUAUUAUGCUGGUAGUCAUGGUAUGGACAUCAUGCUUCCGAUUAGAAAUGAAGUGUGCACUAAUGGUUCACUUAUUAAAUCUACUGACCAGCAGGGCAAGGAAGUUAAUCUGUUCCAGCCUGCUCGUGAAUUCUUACCUAUGAUUGACGAGAGUUGGUCCGUCGUUGCCCAAUGUGUCCAUGAUGUCUUGAAAGAAUACCCUCGACUACGACAAACUCAUGGGCGGAAGGUUUUAGAGGUCCGUCCUGUAAUAGACUGGGACAAAGGAAAAGCAGUUGAGUUUUUGCUUGAAUCACUAGGUUUUCGAAAUAGCCAUGAUGUGCUCCCCAUUUAUAUUGGAGAUGACAGAACAGAUGAAGAUGCAUUCAAGGUUUUGAAGGAGAGAUAUCAAGGUUACGGAAUUCUUGUUUCGACUAGCCUAAAGGAGAGUAAUGCUAUCUUCUCUCUCAGGGAUACUUCAGAGGUUAAAGAAUUCUUGGAAUUUCUUGCAAAAACGAUGGAAAACCAAGAAAUAUAAAAUGAGAAGGAGGGGCAGGGGAGCAGGAGGGAUAGUAUAGAUAAGAAACAUUACAUUAUGUUUCUACAAUUUUAUAAAUAAGUUGAAGCAAUGUCUUUAUCAUUCUACCAAUAUUUCUCUUGCAAGUGCAAGAAUUUUGUUUUCAUUUUUUGUAAUUCCUUUUCUUGGAUUUUCAUAUAUUACCUAUGGGUAGAAGCGGGUACUGCUGAAAUUUGAAAAGAAGGCCCUUCCUGAGUGAUUGUGAUGGUCCGUGUACUUGGGAUCAGACGUUUCAGAUGUUCUGUCAUUUCCCAUUACUGAAUAUACACACACAAAAAAACAAUUUGUUA